GCGACCUGGACAGCGCCGAGGGCAUCCCGCCGGGUCCGGGCGAGAGACUGAGCCCGCGGACCGGGCGCUAAAACCGCCUCGCCAUCCGACAGGAGGAGCCCCGGGUGCCGCGCCAGACGCCGGCACCGCCGCCGCUCCCGCCGGCAGCCCAUGGAUAAGGCGGGCUCGCUGCACAGCUCGGUGCCCGGGCCGCCGCCCCGGCUCUACCUGCCGCGCAACUUCAGCUGCAGCGCCUGCCUCUAUGGCAGCCUGGCCGAGCAGUGCAGGGCGAGCUGCAGCCCCGACGGCGACGCCGCGCCCACGCCCGUGGUGCGGGAAGCGGCGGGCGAGAAGCCGCAGCCGAGCCGCGGCCGGGAGCCCACGCUGCCCGCCGUGCCCCCCAGCCCCACGCAGCGCCGCCGCGCCAAGUCGCUGCCCACGCCCGGCGACCGCAGCCUGCGCCCCGCGCUGCAGCAGAGCCCGUCGCGCCGCAAGACCGUGCGGUUCGCCGACUCGCUGGGGCUGGAGCUCACCUCCGUGCACCUCUUCUGCGAGGCCGACCUGCCGCGGGUGCCGCUGCCCGCGCCGCCGACGCCGCGCCCCGCCGACCUCCUCAAGACCAGGAAGCCUCCGGCGCUGGGCGACCUGGAGCCGGUGCUGUUCGGGCCGCCGCCGCCGCUGCUGGAGCCGCUGUUCCCGCCGCAGCCCGGCGCCAGCCCCGGCUUCACGGAGCGGGUGCGGCAGCACAAGGUGAGGCUGGAGUGGGUGCGGGCAGAGCCGGCGGGGCUGCGCGGGGCCGUGCGCGUCCUCAACCUCGCCUACGAGAAGGUCGUGUCGGUGCGCUACACGCUCAAUGGCUGGGCCAGCUGCGCCGAGGCUGCCGCCACGUACCAGCCGCCCGGGCCGGCCGACGGCAUCACCGACCGCUUCGCCUUCCUGCUGCCCCUGGGCGCCGCCGCCGCCGCCGCCGAGACCACGCUGGAGUUCGCCGUCCGCUACCGCGUCGCCGGCUCCGAGUACUGGGACAACAAUGAGGGCAAGAACUACCGGCUGCGGGGCCGGCAGCGCUUCCCGGCCGCCGCAGGGCCCCCGCAGGACCCCGACAGCUCUGCCUGGAUCCACUUCAUCUGAAACGGGGCAGCGCGGAGCCCGCGCAGGGUCGGGCGGGCCCCUCCCGGGGGGCUCGGUGCCCUCCCCGCGAGCCGCCCGGAGGAGUUUUCCCGAGUUUUGUUUACAGAGGGGUAAUUUGUGUUUUCUCUGUCACUAACGGGGCCGUGGGGAACCCCGACUCGCAUCCCGGGCGCUCACGGGGUGUGGGCAGGGAGGCCUGGCCUGGGUUUCCCCUCAGUGUCCCGAGCACUGGAUUCCACCAAAGCAGCGGCUGCCGGCCGGGCUCCGGGGCCAGGGGCCGGGAAUGUGCGGGAUCUGCCGGUCAGGAGCGGGACCUGCAGGUGAGAGCACAUCCUCCCGGCCCCGGAGGUCAGGCUGAGCUGCUGCCACCUCAGCAGGUUACACGGAGGGCACUGCCACAGGGCACCACUCCGUCCUGUUUGCCUAAUCCUGCUCAAGCAAAGCCCGGCGAGGGCUGGAUCCCCCUCAGCGCCUCCCUGACCCACUCGUGUUAAUUGUCCCGCGGGGUCAAGGGCCUGGUAGAGCAGGCUAAGGGCCCUUGACCCUUUCAUUAGUUUUGAACCCAAAAAG